AUGACCUCGGAAACGCAAGAGAAGUUCAUACCUCAUUUUGUUCGUGCACGGGAUCCUGCAUAUCAUGGAGGGGUCAUGGGAUGUUGUGUUAUUGCGGUGAUGUGGGUCAUCCUGUAUUUCUGGGGGGUCACUCAGCUAGUUGAUGGUAUUCUGGACUGGUUAUCUUACGGCAGAUCAUCUGCUGUUGUCCAAGUUGCCGUGGCUAUUGCCACCACGACAGUUUCGACAGUUGUAGCCGAUGCGGUGGAAUUUGGAUCGCUGAAAUACUAUGCCCUCUGUGCGUUUGGAGGAGUUUUAUCCUGCGGUACCACUCAUACCGCUAUUGUGCCACUUGAUCUUGUCAAAUGUCGCAUUCAGGUAAAUCCAGAAAAAUAUAAGAACAUUGUAACUGGAUUCCGCACAACCGUCGCGGAGGAAGGAGGUCGUGCUCUCGCGAAAGGAUGGGCUCCAACCUUUGUCGGGUAUUCGCUUCAAGGUCUAGGAAAAUUCGGAUUUUAUGAGGUCUUCAAGAAUGUAUACUCAGAAAUGCUGGGCGAGGAAAAUGCUUAUUUGUACCGUACUUCCCUGUAUUUGGCAGCAUCUGCAUCAGCUGAAUUCAUUGCUGAUAUCUUGCUCGCUCCCAUGGAAGCUACAAAGGUUCGCGUGCAGACCUCCCCAGGUGCUCCUCCAACCCUCCGAGGUUGCGCUCCCAUGAUCUACAGAAGUGAAGGUUUAAUGGGCUUCUACAAAGGUAUUGUCCCUCUUUGGCUACGACAGAUUCCUUACACAAUGAUGAAGUUCGCAUGCUUCGAGCGCACAGUGGAAAUGCUGUACAAAUAUGUUGUACCUAAACCUCGCUCGGAAUGUUCCAAACCCGAACAGCUGGUAGUCACGUUCGUUGCUGGUUACAUUGCAGGAGUAUUCUGCGCUAUCGUUUCUCAUCCAGCUGACACUGUUGUGUCUAAGUUGAACCAAGAUGCCGGAUCUGGAAUUGGCGGUAUUAUUAAGAAACUCGGUUUCGUGGGAUUGUGGAAAGGACUGUUCCCACGUAUUAUCAUGAUUGGUACACUAACAGCAGCACAAUGGUUCAUUUAUGACUCAGUAAAGGUGGCACUUCAUCUCCCACGUCCACCUCCUCCAACGAUGCCAGAAUCUCUGAGAAAGAAGUUGGAGGCGGCUGGAAAACUUCAUCAUUAA